UGGAAAUUGAAGUACUUGACUCAAGCGAUAGAUGUGGCCUUCUGUAGAGUGAGAAUCAUGAUUCGAGGCCCUUUCUGUUCAAGAAGUAGCACCGAGUUUCUGCUUCAGGGCGCGCCAGUGUCCCCCUAGCAAUUCAAGAAGUAUCAAUCGAGAUCAACAGCAUGACGAUCAUCAGCAUGUUGACGUUAACAAGUGUUUCUUGUUCUGCAGGCCCUACAAGGGCUGCGGUGCGUCGUGCUAAAAAAGUCGAGAGGCGGACGGCCUUAUUCGUCUUUCUGUGUGGCCCGGUGGCUGCUAGUACAGCAGACUUCCCUUCGUCUGCGGGAUGCGGAAUUCAGCCUGAGCCUGAGCAUUGCAGCCAGCAGUCAACCCCACGCAGUGGGUUGGAUGCUCUUUUAGAUCUCGUUCCUGCUUAUGAUUUAGAUGGCACUCUUGUCGAAUACGGACUACUCACAUUCCGGGAGGCUAGAAGCGCUCUGCAGUCCUUCAUAGAGACGAGGGUCGCUGUGGGGAAUAGGUAUAGUAUGCGAGGUUCUGGAGGAGGAAAAGCAACCAACUCAUCUGCGACAGAAAAGACGGGCAAUGGGCUCAAGUGGGCGAUUGUUGCUUUUCUGCUGGCGAUUUUUGUCUUGUUGUUGUUCAUGUCGUGCUAUUCACUCAUCGACAAAGUGCAAAAUCGGCAAGGAACAGGGUAUAUUCCACCUUCUUAUCUACCUGCAACCGUUCGUCCCACGCGAUGCCACAAACCUUCUCAUACUUCAACAUUCUUCUUAUUGAUUUUCAGCAUCGACGUAGUCAGCUAAAUUUUCAUUUUUGGGAUCAAAUCUAAAGCUAUGAUCGUCCCCUUGAUUUCCAGCGCUGGAGAUGGACGCGUUCCCGUAAUUGGAACUGACUUGAAAUUGGAGCGCGCUGAAUACUUGAGGCUGUUGCGUUUGGCAGAGGACCACGAACGGCUGCGCGAAGAAUGUCAGAAGCUGCAGAAAGCCACCGCCGCGUUGACCCAGCGUCCGUCGAAUCGGCAAUCGCGCGGAUCCUUGGUCGUGGAUGACGUGGAGGAGAUCGUUCAACGGCUUGAGAAAUUCUAUAACUAAG